AUGCAAGAAAUUGAUCGCACCCGUUUUGCGCCGCUUAAGAAUGAUCUAAUUCUUAGGGCUUCGAGAGGAGAGACAGUGGAAAGACCUCCAUGUUGGAUUAUGAGGCAAGCAGGACGUUAUUUACCGGAAUAUCAUAAGGUGAAGGCUGGAAGAGACUUCUUUGAGACAUGCCAUGACGCAGAAACUGCCUCUGAGAUCACCAUUCAACCUGUUAGACGUUAUGCAGGCCUUCUUGAUGCAGCUAUUAUUUUCUCUGAUAUUCUAGUUAUCCCGCAGGCGAUGGGUAUGAGGGUUGAAAUGUUAGAGGGGAAGGGUCCACAUUUUCCUGAGCCUCUGCGUAGUAUUGACCAAUUGGACAAUGUUUUGAACUAUGAAGUCAACGUGCUAAAGGAGUUGGAGUGGGCUUUUAAGGCCAUCACAAUGACGAGAAUUAAAUUAGAAGGUCAAGUUCCACUCUUUGGUUUCUGUGGUGGACCAUGGACGCUAUUGGUAUAUAUGACAGAAGGUGGUGGAUCUAGACUUUUCAAUCACGCCAAGCGCUGGAUUAAUUUGUAUCCCGUGCAGUCUCACAAACUGUUGCAGAAGAUUACCGACGUUGCAGUUGAGUUCUUAUCUCAACAAGUAGUAGCUGGAUGUCAGAUCCUGCAAGUAUUUGAAAGUUGGGGAAGCGAAUUAAGUUCAGCAGAUUUCGACGAAUUUUCUCUUCCAUACUUGAAGCAGAUUGCUGCUAGGGUUCCAGAGAGAUUAAAGGAACUUGGUAUUACAGAGGACGUUCCAAUGACUGUUUUUGCAAAAGGUUCAUGGUAUGCUCUCGACAAAUUAUGCAGUGCUGGCUACAAUACAGUUUCAUUGGACUGGCUUUGGGAUCCAGCUAAGGCAGUCAGAAUCAAUAAUGGAAGAGUUAACCUUCAAGGUAACUUAGAUCCAGGCGUCAUGUAUGGUACCAAAGAAAACCUGACUAGAAAGGUCGAGGCUAUGAUAAAAGGCUUCGGUGGUGGUAAAAAGCACUACAUAGUUAAUUUAGGCCAUGGUACACACCCAGGUAUGGACCCUGACAUGAUCAGAUUCUUUCUUGAAGAAUGCCAUAGAAUUGGGAGUAUGUGA